ACAAUUGAUGCAUCGCAUCUUUUUCCUGAUAAGUUAGUUCUUGAAGAAUGUGGGAAACAAGAACGAGCCGGUAAGUCAAACUUUCUAGUUCAUUGCUAUGAAGAUCCCAUUGAGGAAGUUCAGGUUGAUCGCGAUGAGCUCCUGAAUGUGGAUGACAGAAACUGGAAAUCGGUGGUUUGUCGACGGUGUGACUCGUUGAUUUUCCCCGAAGACAGAGUUAAGUUAGUGGAUGAUUAUAAAGCUAGACUUCCUCUGAUGAGCCCAGGCGGUAAAGGCUGCACGGAAACCGAAGAGGUGUCUUUGUGGUGGUAUACGCAAAGCGAUAUGGAUUUUGACACCGUCGGUUUCGCUUGGGUUGUGAUUGAUAACAAAAAGACUCUCCUGUGUGGUGAUUGCGAGUUUGGACCGAUUGGUCUACGAACUCUUGACGACAAACAGUACUGGGUGGCAGCUGAAAGAGUCGCGCAUGUCGACAAGCCACCACCGCCGGGAGCCAAACCGAGACCAAAGAAGGACAAAAAGAAGAAGCACCAAGUAUGCCGUUUUCAGGUUAAUCGAGCUAAUCUUCUCAAUGUGGACAACAAGAACUGGCAGUCAAUUGUUUGCCGACGAUGUGACUCUCUCAUACUUUUUGAGGACAAAGUAGACCUUUUGGAAGGUAUAAUUAUUCCAGUUUGA